AUGGACGACUACAUAACUCGAGCAGAGCAGCUUAAGCAGCUUCUUCGUCAGGGCUCGGCUUCGCAUUUGCAGCAGCGUUUGCGUCUCUACGCAGCCUCUCCACCGAAAUCUCUAAACCGCAGUUCGGCUCACGUAGCUGUCACUCCUCUUUCCCGCUCCCCAGCAUCUCCAUCUUUCCAUGGCACGCCAGCCAACGCCUCAGCAGCAGACUGUACAAUAGUCACAGCCAAGUCAGAUGCAGACGCGGCGGAGGGGGAACGCAUAAAGCAGAAGCUGGCGCAUGCCAUUCUCACGGAAAAGCCGAAUUUCAGAUGGUCAGACGUCGCGGCGAAAGAGGCCUUGCAAGAAGCCAUCAUCCUCCCUUCCCGUUUUCCUAGCCUGUUUACUGUACGGCUUUCUCUGCAGCCCCCCGGAACAGGGAAGACGUUCCUUGCGAAGGCUCUUGCUGCUGAGGCGGAUGCAACGAUCCUCUCUGUGUCGGCAGCGGAUCUCGUGAGCAAGUGGCAAGGAGAGAGCGAGAAGUACGUCGUGAGGAGGGUGUUAGCUUCAGCUCUAUUGGUUCGGUCGCUGUUCGAGCUGGCGCGGGAGCGGCGGCCUUCCAUAAUAUUUAUAGACGAGAUAGACUCCAUGUGCGGAGCCCGCUCGGAAAGUGACAGCGAGUCCUCCCGACGCAUGAAGACAGAGUUUCUUAUUCAGAUGCAAGGCAUCAACUUCGAUUUGAGCGAAGUUCUUGUCCUGGGAGCAACGAACACGCCGUGGGCCCUGGACGCUGCGAUUCGGCGACGGUUUGAGAGGCGCAUUUUCAUCCCGCUGCCCAAAGUUCAGGCCAGAGAGCAACUGUUAAGAGCUGGCCUGGGCGGCACCCCCCACCACCUCAAGGACGCCGACUUCCGCCAUCUCGCGAGAGAACUCGAGGGGUUUAGUGGCUCUGAUAUUUCAGUUCUUGUUCGGGACGCGUUGUUCGAGCCCAUAAGGAGGUGUCGCACGGCUACAGCUUUCAAACAAGUGAUGGUUGAUGGCCGCGCUUUCUACGUCCCUUGUCAUCCCGAUGACUCCGACCCGACUACUCGCAAAAUGACUUUGAUGUCCAUCCCAGCCGACAGACUGCUGCCACCGGAAGUGACGAUGGAAGAUUUUCAUUCUGCUAUGCGACACACCCGCCCUUCCGUCAGCCCGGAGGACUUGCGGAUGCAUGUCAACUGGACAGAGCAGUUCGGUCUGGAGGGCAGCUGA